UAAAUUACUCGGUAAGACAUUAAUCUCUCUUUUUUCAUUACUACAUUUCAACUCUUCAAUCAAACGUAACUCUCUUUAAGUUGCAAGUUGCAACCGAGAAUAGUAGGCCCGUAUUUCCCUUUUCCAUCCACAAACACGGUCCAUUCCCUUCUCACACAAACUCAGCCGGACGACUCGGUAAAAACCCGAUUCACUGGAACCGGAAAAUAGAAACGGCGCAAAAGCAAAAACACCCCUCCCAAAAAAGGCCAAAACCCUAACCCGCCGGUCUGUCCGUUUCACCAAAGCAGUUCCCUUCCCUCCCUCCCCAUCGGUUCACAAUCGACUCGACCUCAACUGAAUUAACUCCCUCGACUCGGCACACUCCCUUUUCUCUAUCACGGAAAGAAACCAGUAAGUUCUUCUUAUAUAACCUUCUGUUGUCCAGUUCCUUAUAUAUCCCAUUGCUUGUUCUUCCGAUUCUUUUCCUGCUCAAAGUUUCGAUCUUUACCUCCGCUCAAGGGUUUCCCUUCCUCCCUUUUGCCCUCCACUAGAUGGGUUCGAAUGCGGAAAUUGUUCCAAUAACGUCACAGAAGCACGACCCGGCAUGGAAGCACUGCCAGAUGUUUAAGAAUGGGGAUAAGGUUCACCUUCAAUGCCUGUAUUGUAGCAAGGUUUUCAAAGGGGGAGGGAUUCAUAGGAUUAAGGAGCAUUUAGCUGGUCAAAAGGGCAAUGCUUCCACCUGCCUGAGAGUCCCAGCUGAGGUGAAGACUGCAAUGCAGCAGAGCUUAGAUGGUGUGGUGGUUAAGAAGAAGAAGAAGAAGCAAAAGAUUGAGGAAGAGAUCGCGAGUGUUAACCGUGUUGAUUCUGUUCCUGAGGGUUUUGCUGGUAACUGUCAAAGUGGUGAUGAUGAGUUUGUUCACUUCUCAAAUGUCAAUGAGACUAGUUCUAGUGCAUUGGUUGGUGGUACAUUGGGCAACGAAGGAGGAGGGAAGAAAAGGAGGAUUUCGGGGUCUAUUAUGAUUCCUAUUGCUACUGCUGGAGUUGAUGAUUGUACGACAUUAGUUGAGAAGAGGGUGGGUGGUGGGGAUGGGGUUCAAAUUGCAAUAGCAAGGUUUCUGUAUGAUAUUGGGGCACCCUUGAGUGCUGUGAACUCUGAUCACUUUCAGCCAAUGGUAGAUGCAAUCGCAUCGGGAGGACCUAAUGUUGUGCCGCCUUCUUACCAUGAUGUUAGAGGGUGGAUACUGAAGGGCUCAGUUGAAGUGAAGAGUGAUGUCAACAAGCAGAUGGAAACAUUGGAAAGGACUGGCUGUUCUGUUUUAGUUGACCAGCGGAACACAUCAGAUGGUAGGACUCUGUUGAGCUUCCUGGUUUCUUGUCCCGAGAGGGUGGUGUUUGUUAAAUCGGUUGAUGCAUCUGAUACUGUGAAUUCGCCGGAUCGUCUGUAUGAGUUGCUUAGGCAAGUGGUGGAAGAAGUUGGUGUACAGCACAUUCUCCAAGUAAUAACUGGCGUGGAAGAUCGAUAUGUUAUUGCUGGGAAGAAGUUAUCAGAGACUUUCCCCACGCUGUAUUGGUCACCGUGUGCUGCCCAUUGUAUAGAUUUGAUACUGAAUGACUUUGGUAAGCUGGAAUGGAUAAAUGGCAUUAUUGAGAAAGCUAGGUCUAUUACAAGAUUUGUAUACAAUCAUACGGCGGUUGUGAAUAUGUUGAGAAGGUAUACCUUUGGAAUUGAUAUUCUGCAACGAGGAUUGACCCGUUCUGCAACAAAUUUUGUUACGCUGAAGCAAAUGGUUGAUCUGAAGGACACUUUGCAAGGCAUGGUUACUUCAUAUGAGUGGAUUGAUUGCCCCUUUUCUAAGCAACCUGGGGGCUUAGAAAUGCUGGAUCUUGUUAGUGAUCAAUCUUUUUGGUCUUCCUGCACCCGGAUAGUCCGUCUAACACAACCCUUGUUAAGAGUUUUGAGAAUAAUUUGUGAUAGGAAGCGGCCUCCUAUGGGGUACGUCUAUGCAGGGAUGUACCGUGUGAAGGAAGAAAUCAAGAAAGAGUUCUUGAAGAGGGAAGACUAUGUGGUAUACUGGAACAUUAUAGAUCAAUGGUGGGAAGGCAAAUGGAAUGUGCCUCUUCGUGCAGCAGGAUUUUAUCUCAAUCCGAAGUUCUUCUAUAGCAUUAAAGGAAACAUUCAUGGCGAUAUUCAGUCUGGGUUGUUUGAUUGUAUAGAGAGAUUAGUUCCCGAAGUAGAUGUGCAAGCUCAUAUAAUCACAGAGAGAAACUCUUACAAAAAUGCAUCAUCGGAUUUUGGAAGGAGGGUAGCAGUCAGAACCAGAGAAACGAUGCUUCCCGAUGAAUGGUGGGCAACCUACGGAGGAAGCUGCCCAAAUUUGACAAGAUUGGCUAUCCGCAUACUAAACCAGGCUUGCAGUUCAAUCGGAUAUAAACAAGAUGAUAUUCCAAUCGAGCGAGUGCAUGACACCAAAAAUGGCCUGGAACAUCAACGACUCAGUGAUCUUGUCUUUUAUCAGUACAACUCACGACUUAGAGACAUAAUGACCAAGAAAGAAGAACAGGAUACCCUUGAUCCUCUAUCAUACGAAAACGUUAGGUUUCUGGAGGACUGGGUGAAUUCCAAAGACGUAUUUAUCGAGGAGAGUAUGAAAUCCGAUUGGGCAGCCAUAGAUCCUCCUCAUGGUAACAAGUCGAUGUUAGGAGGCCAUUCUGAAGAUUAUAUAAACGAGUUGGAGACAGUGUUUGAUGAUGCUGAGAUUUUUAGUGGAGCCAAAGAAGGUAUGGAGGAAACCAUUGAAGAGAAUGUAGCAAGGUAGUUAAACUUAGAAAAGCUUGGAAUUAUUGGAUGUCCCCUUGGGUUCUCUUCCACCUUUUUACUAGGAUCGAAUCACCCAAGGUGGCGAAGUUCGAUUUUGUCCUGAAAAGUGUAUAUGUAGUUAGUUAGCCACGUUGUGAAGAUCCCACCCCAUCUUGGGAGCAGUAGAAGAAGAGUAGAUUCCAGCUUUUGGAUAUUGAACAGAAUUAUCCAUUGGACACAACUUGAGAGAGGAGAAGAAAAGCAAGGGCAGGGGCAGGUUCCCGGCCAUGGCUAACAUAGUUGGGUUGGAACUUGGAAGUUUUCUGAACUUCCUGAAAACAGGGGAUGCUCUGUUUUUUCUCUCUCUCUCUCUCUCUCUCUCUCUCUCUCUUUUCCCCCACGGGACUAUUUAAAGAUUACUAUAUUUCUGGCUGGCUUAAGCUUAAGGUUCCGAAACAGGGGAUGCUCUGCUGAUACUUUUCAUUCCCAAAAAAAUUCCUCAAUGUCAUAGCCGUCUUCACUUUCGUCAACCUUGAUAAAACAGCCGACUCUACCUCCAUCUCUCGAAUUCGAAUGCCAUCAUCAACCAAGUUUGUAAUAAAUCAAUUCAUUUACCACAGGGGACGAUUCCUGCAGCAAACUCUCGAGCCAUGAUGACGAAGGACGAGCUCGAGACCAUCACUCCUGUCUAGAUCUUGAUCAGCAAGUAUAUAUGGUGAUCUUUAAGACUCUUUAGAGGAGGUAGAUGAUGGGCAAAACAAUACAUUAUUCCCAAGACGAAAGAAAGGGAAACCAUUGAAGACAGAGAGACCAUCAACAACAUUAAUAUUUGUUUUCUCGAACAUCGUCAAAUAAAAAAACACCCGUCCAUAUUGCAAUGGUCCGGUCCGUACCGGACCACACCGGACCAAACCGUUGUUAAGACCGGACCGGACCAGACCGAGUAAAAUACGGUCCGGUCC